AUGAGUAGGAUGUUAGUUUCCGCUGCCUGUGCUGGUUGUGUGAGUGGAAAAUGGGAUGAGGCAGUGUUCACCUGCGAUUCACGCACAUUUCGAGUGAUUCCACGAAGAAGGAAUGAAAAACGUCGAUUUAUUCUAAUCCGCGAGGAGCAAGAACGCCGUUCACAGACCCCCUCCGUCCAUCAUGCAGUGAAGGGCGUCGGCCAUCGUGGCAUUGUGUGGGCUAACGUGCGGCUGAAAUGCUCGGUUCCCCCGGCUAAACGACCGGUAUCCGCUGCGGCAGCAACAGAUCCACAGCCCUCCAAGAAACGGCGCAACCAGCUGGAAACCAACGCACCCACCGCCACUGCUGCUUCUACUGCUGGUGCUGUUGAAAAGAAGUCCAUCAAAGUCGAAAGUCCGGCCACCGAGACCACGAGUCCGGCCAAACCGCGGACCAAGCCGAUUUCGUCGAAGUCGUCAAGUAGCAUCGUCGACGCGGCCACGUCCCUCGUAAAGUCUCCGAAACUUCUCAAGAAACUUAUGAGUAGGGACGCUGGGGAGAGCACGUCGACCACGGCGGGGUUCAGUGUCGCGUCCGCGAGCAAACUCCCCACUGAGGGUUUGGAAGACAUCAGUUCCGAUGAGGACGCCUUUCCGCCGGCGAAGACGCAGUCAGCGACGCCAGUUCGCAGAGCCGGCAACGCGUCGGACCAACCACUUGCUAAACGCAUCAAGCAGGAGGCCUUGUCGAAAUCGCGAUCCACCACGCCGAAUAAGAACGCUGCCACGGCCAAGCCUCCAGCCAAGUCAUCAUCCUCCUCCUCCAAGGCAGCGGCAUCAACUGGCAAGACGGAAAAAGCGCUAACGUCGUCUCACCCUGCAUCAAGGAAGCCAGCGGUACCAGCCAAGUCGGAGACGAAGAAGUCGACUUCCACGCCUGCUGCCUCCAAGACGGUUCGUGGUCGCGGGAAGAGCACGUCAAGCGACAGUUCGCGUGGUGAGUCCUCAAAACCGCAUCCAAGUAAACCGAAGGCCAAAUCCAACGCCUUGAAAUUGGAGGAGGAGGAAGAAGAGGAGGCGGUGGAGGAGGGGGAGGAAGGUGAGGUGUCAGAGUCUUCGGGCGACGACGAGGAAUCGGAGGACAGCGCUAUGGCCACCAGCGAUGCCCUGCCUCGUCUUACCAGGAGCCAGCACCGCCUCAUCCUCGGAGACACGCCGCCUGGCGCGCAGCUGCAAACUGCGACUGCGCUGCCUCCGCCAGCUACCCAGCCCCCUCCAGACAAGCAGCCGGCUAAGAAGGAAGAGACGGAGGAGGAGAAGGAGGUGGAGGUGGCUGAUGAACCGAAAAAGGCCUCGUCUGCCAAGAAACCGGAAAAGAAGGAGAAGCCUAGUGCGUGCCUCGAGGGUUUGGUUUUCUUGUUUUGGGCAUUGCUGAUCUUCUUAAACGGGUUCAACUUGUCUCUCUACCUAGAAUUGGAAUCGCGAGUGGACGACAAGAAAGCCGACCAGCCCCACUCACCAAAAACGCCCCCUCCGACCAAACUGGCCAAGACGCCGUGUCCGAGCAAGUCUGAUUCGUCCACGUACGCCGAUCCGCCACCACCGGAACUCCUCUCGCCCCACCCACCCACCACAGCCCUCUCGGCCACCAGCCCGACCCACUCGGAUGCCUCCACGGAGCCGAUGGGGUUGUCGGUUGGUUUCUUCCAUUGUGCAGAGGGCGAUGACGACGACGACGAGACCACGUUUGGGUCCGCUCCGCAGCUCUUUUCUCCCGUCUCCACGGCAACUGCGCCUCGUGAGGAGGACGAGGAUGAGGAGGGGAUUGAGGCCGCUGGCGGUGGAUCCAGUAGCAGCAGUAGUAGUAGUAGCAGCAGCAGCAGUUCUGAUGAUGAGCCUGCGACGUCUCAGCCUCCACCGCCGACGCAGCACCGCCAGCAGCGCUCGCGACCGCAAACUCCCAGCGGCCGCGGCAGACCGGCGCUCCGUGGAGCUGCGUCCAGAGGCCGACGCAAACGCCUCCCUUCGGCUGUCGUCGCUGUCAACGACGACGCCGAUUCGGUAGUGUCUUCGGCGUCAUCCAGCCUCAGGAGCAGCAGGAAGGCGAGUCAUUCAUAUUCUCCACCUUUUCGCCUGACGCUUAGCCUUACCAAUGCCAUACCGCGCCGGGUAGCACGUUCAAACGGUUCUAGGCCAAUUGAAUGGCGCCGGGAAAAGAAAUUUGUCAGCUGGUGGUCGCUCACGCCGUGUCUGCAAGACUCUGGUGUGAUUUCUAAUCUGGCAACUCUUGCCAACCGUUUGUACCCUACUGGUUCAGCAUUUCGGGGUCACCGGUGUGACCUCCCCGCUGCCGAUCGAUACCCCGGAUUCCACUCGGCGAGUUUUAACACCAGCGUUAAUGUGGCGUAUUCGCCACUGGUUCUUGAAACCGAUGUGCGCGUCAACUUGGUGUUUGUGUAACUCUGCAUCGAUCCGGUCCUCAAAAGGGCCUCUUGUGUACCUCCCUGUCUCCAGGGCACCAUCGCACACACACAGUUGUGGCUCAGAGUUCUGCCGUUUGCCGUCGGGCUUGUUGGUUUGCGUCAAAUGUACUUUCAUCACGCCCAACUUGGUACAACGUCACAGCCGGCGUACGUUGGCGACACAACGUGGGAAUCUGCGUGGCAGCUGGGUGUGUGUGUGUGUGUUUAG